CGAUUAUUCAAACUUUCCCAAUAAUAUUAUUACUUAUCUGCGUCACAACCUUUGCCCCAGGAAACCAUCAUGGCGGCCCCUUCAGAGAUGGCCCGCUCGGCUCCACGAGCUUUUAAAGCUGCGCACCUGUUCAGCCAGCGCGGGCGCCCUUUAACUGGAAGUCGCAGAAUCCCAGUCACAUCAGUGCAAAAUGCUUCCCCGGCAAGCUACAGAGCCCUGCACCAAUCCCUGCUGCGGAAGUCGCAUCCCACCCCUAUACAGAAAAGCUCUCUCGCAAAAGACCCAUUAUCUUCAAACCCUGCCAUGGCGUUCCCCUGCCUGGACGCGCAGGAUGCAAAGUCCGCCCAACUCUCUGCUCGAUCACUCCAGUCCGGUCCCGAGCCUUCCUAUACGACUGGCCACCACGAACUGUUCCACGGUGAACAGCCACUUCUACUUGAUUGGGGUGGCGUACUACCGGAAUUCGAUAUCGCAUAUGAAUCAUGGGGUCGGCUAAAUCCCGACAAGAGCAAUGCUAUUCUACUACAUACCGGGCUAUCCGCCUCCAGCCACGCUCACAGUACGACGGCCAAUCCUAAGCCUGGCUGGUGGGAGAAGUUCAUCGGGCCUGGGAAGCCUCUAAACACCGACAAAUACUUCAUCAUCUGUACUAACGUCAUUGGAGGAUGCUAUGGCAGUACGGGGCCGUCAUCAUUCGACCCUUCGGAUGGGAAGAGAUACGCUACCCGGUUCCCUAUUCUUACUAUAGAUGACAUGGUGCGGGCACAGUUUCGUCUUCUUGAUUCCCUGGGCAUAAAGAAGCUCUACGCCUCCGUUGGAUCCAGUAUGGGUGGCAUGCAGAGUCUUGCUGCGGGCGUUCUCUUCCCGGAGCGAAUUGGCAAGAUUGUUAGUAUCAGCGGCUGUGCGCGAAGCCAUCCCUACAGUAUCGCCAUGCGACACACUCAGCGGCAGGUACUGAUGAUGGACCCGAAAUGGGCCCGGGGGUUCUAUUAUGACUCGAUCCCCCCUCACUCGGGCAUGAAACUCGCUCGAGAAAUCGCGACGGUCACAUACCGAAGCGGACCAGAAUGGGAGAUGCGGUUCGGACGACGGCGUGCUGACCCUCGCAAGCAGCCUGCCCUCUGCCCCGAUUUCCUGAUUGAAACCUACCUCGACCAUGCGGGUGAGAAGUUCUGCUUGGAAUAUGACCCAAACAGUCUUCUUUAUGUCUCAAAGGCGAUGGAUCUGUUUGAUCUAGGCCACGCACACCAAACCGAGACAAAGAAACGGAGAGCCGAGUACAAGGCCGAAAUUGCCGAAGGCGUUCACCAGAGUGACAUCACCUGCAGCCUAACUCUGCCGGAGAAACCCUACGAGGAGCAACCGUCGGCUGAGGAACAGGCCAUGGACGCAGCCGCGAGACCAGAUGCGCCACCGCAGGAUCUUGUGGCUGGUCUGGCACCACUCAAGAAUCACCCUGUGCUUGUGAUGGGCGUUGCCAGUGACAUUCUCUUUCCCGCUUGGCAGCAGCGGGAAAUCGCCCAGACUCUCCGGGCCGCCGGAAACAACAGUGUUGAACACAUCGAACUCGGCGAGGAUAUCUCUAUGUUUGGACACGACACGUUCCUCUUGGAUCUCAAGAACAUUGGAGGUGCUGUGGAGACGUUUCUGCGGUAAACCAGUAGCGAUCAUGACUUGCAAUUAGCGUGCUGUACGGGGUAAUUCUGGGGGACGAUGGAAUAGACAUGGUUGUGCGUGGCCUGUAGACUAGCAACAAUAAUCUGUUCGCGCUGUACUUAUAAAGGUAGUACUGUGCUAUUAUCGACGGCCGUAGUCGCGGGGCCAGUCACUCCGG